CGAUGCUCACUGCAUCUCCCGGGCCUCACAGCAGCAUUCUCGCCCUCUGCGCGCAUUUGUCCCCUUCCGGUGCAUCUGCAGACCCUGUCCCGUCAAUCUCACCAAUCUCACAUGUGCAAUGCCAUUGUCAGUGCUCUCCCUCUUCAGGCCAAGCGUCCUGCAGGUACCGCUCUCGAUACAAGGGUACCACACCCCCGUUAUCACCCCGACCCUAGCAGCCAUGCAGGCCAAGCCAACACGCCCUCCUUUCGGAAUAGCCUCUCUGGCCUUGGCGGACUCGCUUGAUGCACCGAUAUCACCCGACGUCGCGUUGUCAGUCAAAGCCCUGCAUCCCCUCACUGCUUAUCCCAAGGCUGCUUCCCACCUACUUGGGUCAUGCUCGUCACACUCCUUUCACUCGUUUGCUGCAGUUGUGUAGAACAGCACCGUCCACAUUUGGCAUCACUCCUUUGGCCAAAGUGCGGUUGUUUGGAAGAGGGAUGAUGGUAAAAGGUAGAAAAGACGACCGCGUCAACGACUCAUAGCAAUGCAUAUCCACGGUGGAAAUCACGUCGGGAGCCACGCUGGACACCACAAUCACUUACGUGCAAGGCAAGGAGGGUUUAACUGGGACUGGUGGUGCAAAUGGUAUCCAUGGGAUCCUCGAUGUUCUAGUCGGACAACAAAAGGUGGUGGUGGUGGAGGAGGAGGAGGAGGAUGGUUCAAUGGUAGACCAACAACGACCUCAAAACCUUCGCCGACACCCGCUCCAACGCCAAAAACCUCUCCAACACCAACCCCGGUACCGGCUCCGGCUCCGGCUCCGGCACCAGCGCCUGUUCAGUCGUCCCCAGCACCGACGCCAACAACAGCAAAGGCGGUAGCAAACAACCCAGCAACAACACCAGAACAGCAGCAGCCGGCAACGACACGGAGACCGGCGGAUGGGGGUGCAACAGAUAAAGUUAAUGAGGGCACACCAACAGCAACGGAUAGAGGCGGGGUUCAGGCAGGGGGAGGUCAACAAGACUCAUCAUCGCCAACCCUUGUCCCGCUCGUGGGGUCCGCUCCUCUAGACCCUACACCCGACGACCAGUUUCCGGGGGGGCAAGGUUCUUCAGGAGGUGGACAGGAUGGCGCGACUGCUGGCUUCGGCGGUUCAGCGGGUGGUGGACCGGGAUCAGGUUCAGGUUUGGGACCAGGAGGCAGCGUAGGAUCUGGAGGCAACGAGGGAAAUGGAGGACACAUCGUUCCUGGGUCGACGAACGGCACAAUUGACUCACCGGGGACGCCUAACAAUAAUGGUUUGUCAACAAAUGGUGGGCUGGGUGGCGGCGCCAUUGCUGGUAUCGUUGUUGGCUUGCUUGGUCUCCUUACCCUGGUUGCACUUCUUAUUUUUUUCCUUCGCAAGAAAAAGCCACAGGCCCUUCAAAGGGUAGUAGAGAAGUUCAAUGGCAGACCAGGAAGCUCCUAUCCCGUCAGCGCUCAUGGAGCUGAAGGUAUGGACAAGACCUUAAUCGCAGGAGGUGCUGGUGGCUCCGUGUCGGCCGCCGGAGCCGCGAGACGUAACUCUCAACGGCAGGAUCAGCUACCGAUGCAGCAACCCACGAACGCCCCAACACUGCACCCUGUGAACACCAACCUGCGCGCCAACCGGGUAUCAUCACCCACCAGAGAGUCGACGAGAAACAGCAACGCCUUCACUCCAUCGCCCGUCUCUCCCCUCUCACCUGCCAUGCCCGCCAGCGUGCUUGGCUCAGCUCCUCUUCCCUCGGCGUAUCCCGUCCGCUCUCAGUACUACCAAGCUCCUCCUUCCAAACCAGGCCCCCUUACUCAAGCAGGCUAUCCCGGAAGUUCACAAUACGUCCCCCCAUCCAACGCCGGAGGAGGCCUUCACGUAGCCCACGCAGCAUCGGGCGCGCAUAUGAACCGAGCCAGCAGCGUCAGCAGCGUCAGCACCACCAGUGCUUUGAGCGCCAUCCUCAACCCGGCACAGAUGGUAUGGCCUAUGCCACCACCUCCCACGCCGCCAGUCAGCGUGCCAGACACACCUCCCGCGACGACUCGUAAUAACAGGCCGCAAUAUGUUGAUCUUUCGGCGCCUGGACAAACGGUGGUAAGAAUCAACAAGCCCCCGAGUGUGAGAAGACCAAGGAGACAGAACUCGAACUAUUGAUGUUGUAUGUGGCGCCGUACUCGUCCUUUUCCAAUUCACCAACUAUACUCCUUUUGUUUUUGCACCGAGUUGUCCCGGUAGCAUCGCUGUGCCAACAACGUCAUGUAUACCACACUAUCUGAGCGUAGUUUAGAUUCAUAAUGCCGUGCCCUGGCACCAUCGCCCCAACUGAAGAAAUUGUUUUGAAGUUGUGGAAAUGACCACCUACCCAAUAUAUCCGGCUGCACCUCACCAC